AGACAUCGUAUAUUUGAAGAUAACAUAGAACUUUAGUAUGGAGCAGUUUAACGGGCAUAAAAACGCUUUUCAACGUUUGCAAGGAUAAGAGGUUGUCGACUCGUCUCUUUACGUGCACCCUUAUAAACGACCUACUCGAAACUAUGCAAUUAGAUUAACGCAAAUGAACUUACAACAGAACGGGGCCGGUCGCGGUGCCGCGACUUCACAGCUGCGGCCAUGCGCCCCGCGCGCAGUCCGAACCAUUCUGCGCGCAAGUGUGGGCCCCGAAAUCGCUCGCAAUGUCAUCACCUCGCCUCUUAACUGUACACAUAAUCAUUUUUACGUCAGUUUUCAUCACCUCGACGGCAAUUCCCGGCACCGGCACUCGCCCCUGUCUUCUGCUUUCGGUGGCCGUGGCGGCGAGGUUGGUGUUACUGCUGAAGGCACCACGGACGGCGCUGAAGGCGCUCCUGCAGGUGGCGGGGAAUGCAGCAGUGGAAGAGGCAGCCGCAGCCAUGACAUUGAGACCGACGAUGACGACAGCUUCAACGGCUGCAGCGGCGGCAGCCAGGAGGGCCCGGACGCCGGCAGGACCAGCUGCCAGGAGCCGCCCCUACCCGACCUGCGCAGCUGCCGCCACUUCGUGAACCUGACCAACGGCAUCGAGGCGCUCCCCAUGCUGCAUGAGCUGCAGCUGCCGUACAGUUUCGUGCGGAUCCAGAGCACCGCCUGCGAGCAGCAGCACCUCGAGGCCCUCAUGAACGAGCUGGACCCCAGCUUGCUGCUCAGCCUGGCACUCGGACACUGCUGUCUGGUGUACGACUGCGGCAGCCGGGGACGUGACGGCACUCCGAGGGCCCUGUGGUACGGCCUCGAGUUCGUACGCUACACGCUGACAAAGCUGUGGUUCCGGCGCUCCAGCCCGGCGCUGCUCCGCGGCAAGAACGUGGCUCGCACCUUCGAUGCGCACAUCCGCUCCUUCCGGCAAACCACCAAACGAAGACUGCAGUACUACGCCAAGUACAUCCCUCCUGCUGCUGCUGCUCCUGCCAGCGAGGUCAGCACCGACUGCAGCAGUGAAGGCGGCACCAGCAGCAACGGCCCCGGCGGCCUGCAGCAGCUGCGACUCUACGGCGUCUACCGACCCACGGACCACGACACAAACACCGCCUUCUUUGUCGGCAUGCUACACGGCUAUCAGCUGCUGCGACCACCGCACGCAGAGCGGUCGCAACCACAACAGCAGCAAGCCUCUGAGGGCCUGUCACUACAACCUAAUGGGGGCCUGUUGCUCCCUCCGCACGCGUUGCCACCACAGUUGCAGCCGCCUCACCCCUUGCAGCAGCUACAGACGCAUCCUCCCUCUGAGGGCCCGCAGCAACAUUCAUCAGAGCAUGAGCCGCAACAACACCAGGAGCAACACCAGCAGCAGCAGCAGCGGUUGCAGGAGCAGCAACACCAACCGCUGCAGCACAUUCGGAAGGACAAGGAUAGGUGGGGUAGCGACGGG